GAUGCAGCCCAAUCGCAUUCCGAAUCUUCCGACCAUAAUCUCAGAUAUAGACGGCGAUUCUUUGGCUUCCUACCGCUUCCCUCUCUCCUUUUUUCCUCUUACCACAUUGUAGUGGUUGUCCUUCUUUUCUGUUUUUGUUCUCUCUGUACAUCCAAUUCCAUUACAUAAAUAGAAAUGAAUUUUCGUUGUCUUUCUGACGUCCAGAUAGAUGCCUUUUUGAAGAAUUAUUAAUACAAAUAAAAAUCAGAAAAGGAAAAUGUUAUUACAUGUAAUAACAAUUUCCGUUAGGGAAAAUAGAAACAACAGGACUCCUACAAGAAAGAUCAUUGUAAAUGCUGUUGGAAGUCACCGCCCUGAACCACCUGCGGCGCGUUAGUUGGAAAUGUUCUUUUUUGGAUAUUUCUAUAAUCAAAUAUGAAUGCAUUAGAGAUUUUAUUUAAUGACCUUGAUCACUUGAAGGGAAAUCUGUGCACACUAGUUCUUUAAUUUGUAUAAAGACAUUAUCUUCCAACAUUCUGGUUCUUUGGUUGAAAUUUCGAAACCAUGUCUUCGAAACCCAAACCUAUAGAGUUACCGCAGAUGAGCAAUAUGCCAUUUGAAGAUACAUGUCAAGGCAGCAAAGGUAGUGAGAGCACAGAGACUAGUUCCAGUAGUACUACACCCCUAAAGCCACACACUGGUGGUGACAUUAGAUGGGAUGCGAUAAAUUCGGCUACUGGUAGAGGAGGAUCUCCUCUUGGUCUUAGCAAUUUUCGGUUGUUGAAACGACUUGGAUAUGGGGAUAUUGGAAGUGUGUACCUUGUUGAACUCAGGGGAACCAACACCUACUUUGCCAUGAAAGUGAUGGAUAAAGGAUCACUUGCAAGUAGAAAUAAAUUGCUGCGAGCCGAAACGGAGAGGGAGAUUCUAGGUCUUCUUGACCACCCAUUCUUGCCAACUUUAUAUUCUCACUUUGAGACUGAUAAAUUCUAUUGCUUAGUCAUGGAGUUCUGCAGUGGAGGUAACCUUCAUACCCUCCGUCAAAAACAGCCCAAUAAGCAUUUUACUGAGGAGGCUGCUAGAUUUUAUGCAUCAGAGGUGUUGUUGGCACUUGAAUAUCUGCAUAUGCUAGGAAUUGUAUACAGGGAUCUUAAGCCAGAAAAUGUACUAGUGAGAGAUGAGGGUCAUAUUAUGCUGUCUGAUUUCGACCUAUCUCUCCGUUGCUCUGUCAAUCCAACUCUUGUCAAGUCUUCAUCUGUACAUGGAGGUGGCAAUGCAAGCAGUGGAGGCGGCAUUUUAGAUAAUGACAAUGCAGUCCAAGGUUGUAUGCAGCCCUCAAAUUUUUUCCCUCGUAACAUUCUUCCUACCAAAAAGAAUCGAAAGUCUAAAUCAGAUUUCGGGCUAUUUGUGGGAGGAUCACUUCCUGAGCUUAUGGCAGAGCCUACUAAUGUGAGAUCCAUGUCCUUCGUUGGCACACAUGAGUACUUGGCCCCUGAGAUAAUUCGCGGAGAAGGUCAUGGUAGUGCAGUGGAUUGGUGGACUUUUGGUAUAUUCUUAUAUGAACUUUUGCACGGGACAACCCCUUUUAAAGGUUCUGGCAAUCGCGCCACACUGUUCAAUGUAGUAGGCCAGCCUUUGAGAUUCCCAGAAACUCCGCAAGUGAGUGCUAUUGCGCGAGAUCUUAUAAGGGGGCUACUCGUGAAGGAGCCACACAAGAGAAUUGCAUAUAAAAGAGGUGCUACUGAAAUUAAACAGCAUCCUUUUUUUGAAGGUGUUAAUUGGGCUUUGGUCAGAUGUGCUGUUCCUCCUUCUAUACCAGAACCUGUGGACUUCACCCAAUAUGCAAGUAAAGAAGCAUCAGCUCAUUAUUCAGAUAAGAAGAUGCCAGAAACUGAAAGUCAUGAUAAAAACAAAAGCACUUCUACUGAUUCUUCAUAUAUUGACUUUGAGUACUUCUAGGAUCGGAUUCUGGAGAAUUCAAAUAAUACGUUAAAAUGCAGAGGAUUUUCGCUUUUUUUGGCCAUUCAGGUAAUGUUAAUGCUGAUCAGUUAGUACGUAACAUUUGAAGUAUAUAAAAAUCAAAUGGUCGAAUGUGGGCUAGUAAGGAUUGACCAGCUUUGAAUGAUGUUGAAGUAUUAUGUGGGCAUGCAGUGUGUUCAUUGUGUAGAACUGCACGGCAAUAGCUUCCAAGUGCUUCGAGAAGAAAACAACUUGCAGCACUUUCAGACGAAGGAUUUUUCUGACUAUAGUUUGAGUGAUAAUGGCUGCGAAUAUAUUGUGAAUAUGAUUUGUCACUUCCUUUGUUUCAUUUUAUUUGACCCGUAUUAUAUUUCACUUGACAUGAAUUCAAAAAUAUUAAUUUUAAUUGUA